AUGGCGUCGCCGGGAAGUACUGUUGCUUCUAGUACGGAUAGUAGUGAACGUGCUAGACUGAAGGAGAUUGAUCAGUGGAUUGAACAACUUUAUGAGUGUAAACAGCUUACUGAAAACCAAGUCAAACUGUUAUGUGAAAAGGCGAAAGAGGUCGUGCAGAAGGAAUCAAAUGUGCAGGAAGUAAAGUGCCCAGUUACAGUUUGCGGCGAUGUUCAUGGUCAAUUUCACGAUUUAAUGGAGCUGUUCAAAAUGGGCGGCAAGUCUCCGGAUACAAAUUAUCUGUUUAUGGGCGACUAUGUAGAUAGGGGCUAUUAUUCUGUAGAGACUGUAUCAUUACUUGUCUGCUUGAAGGUCAGGUAUAAAGAACGAGUUACAAUUUUACGAGGUAAUCACGAGUCACGUCAAAUCACGCAGGUCUAUGGUUUUUAUGACGAAUGUUUGCGCAAGUACGGGAACUCUAACGUGUGGAAGUAUUUCACCGAUCUAUUCGAUUAUUUCCCUCUUACCGCUUUAGUGGAUGGCCAGAUUUUCUGUUUGCAUGGCGGUCUUUCUCCUUCUAUCGAUAGUCUUGAUCACAUUCGUGCCUUAGAUAGGAUCCAAGAGGUCCCGCACGAAGGCCCUAUGUGUGACCUAUUGUGGUCAGAUCCAGACGAUCGUGGGGGAUGGGGCAUAUCGCCGCGAGGUGCUGGUUAUACCUUUGGACAAGACAUUUCUGAAACGUUUAAUCAUUCUAAUGGGUUGACGUUAAUAUCUAGAGCACAUCAGCUUGUGAUGGAAGGGUAUAACUGGUGCCACGACCGCAAUGUUGUGACAGUAUUUUCUGCUCCAAAUUAUUGUUAUCGAUGUGGCAAUCAAGCUGCGAUGGUGGAAUUGGAUGACGAGCUAAAGUACUCAUUUUUGCAAUUCGACCCAGCACCUCGUCGUGGCGAACCCCAUGUAACAAGAAGGACACCAGACUAUUUCCUUUGA